UAGACCAUAACAGACAUCUUGUUCAUCUUCUAGAGGAGAAUGAGGUGCGUACGAUGGUGGAUCCAAACUCCAAGAACGACCGAAAACUGCAAGAACUUAUGAAGGUGUUGAUCGACUGGAUAAACGAUGUUCUCGUUGGUGAAAGGAUCAUUGUGAAGGAUCUGGCUGAAGAUCUCUAUGAUGGACAAGUCCUGCAGAAAUUAUUCGAAAAGUUGGAAGGUGAGAAACUCAAUGUGGCGGAGGUGACGCAGUCAGAGAUCGCCCAGAAGCAGAAGCUGCAGACUGUUUUGGAACGGAUCAACGACUCACUCAAACUCUCCACCAGGAAUAUUCGCUGGAAUGUUGACUCGGUUCAUGCGAAGAGUAUCGUCGCCAUCCUCCAUCUGCUGGUAGCACUGUCACAACACUUCAGAGCACCAAUCAGAUUGCCGGACCAUGUUUCUAUUCAAGUCGUCGUGGUCCAGAAAAGAGAGGGUAUCCUGCAAUCCAGACAAAUUCAGGAAGAAAUCACUGGGAACACAGAGGCUUUCUCUGGAAGACAUGAGCGUGAUGCUUUUGACACCCUGUUUGACCAUGCACCGGAUAAACUGAAUGUUGUCAAAAAGACACUGAUCACAUUUGUGAAUAAACACCUGAACAAGCUCAACUUAGAAGUUUCUGAAUUGGAAACGCAGUUUGCAGAUGGUGUUUAUCUGGUGUUGCUGAUGGGUCUGCUGGAGGGAUACUUUGUGCCACUCUACAACUUCUUCCUCACACCAGAAAAUUUUGACCAGAAGGUGCAUAAUGUGUCCUUCUCCUUCGAGCUGAUGCAGGAUGGAGGACUGGAGCGACCAAAGCCAAGGCCAGAAGACAUCGUGAACUGUGACCUUAAGUCAACCCUACGGGUCCUCUACAAUCUCUUCACCAGGUACAGGAAUGUUGACUGAGGACCCAAGCAACAAAAAGGAGACUUUCUAUUCUCAAUGGACCUCAUGCUAUAAUCUUAUGAAUCCAUCAAUUUCUUGUUGAAAUGUGCUUUUUAUUUGAAUUCAUACGUACCGUUUUACAAAUGACCACACUUGUUAAUCCAUGCAGCAUCACUUUGAAGGGACACCUUUCGACACAUUUGGGAAAAAAAAAACACAUUUCACAUUUUUAUUGAAACAUCAUCAUUGUAUUUAUUGUAAAUGUAAUACACUUCUUCUGUCAUAUAUUUCUCGCUUUUUCUGCUCCUCUUGAUAUGCCUUUGAUUAAACUUUUAUUACUUGA